AUGUCCAAGUCUGCCAAUGAUUCCCUCGAGGAGAUCCUACGUCCUGCUAAGCCGGGCCCUGCACCCAAAAGACUGCAAUCGCAUCGUCCCCAUGGCAACCGCCAGAAAUUGAUUGAAGAACAGAGAACGGCUAGCGAGAACCGAGCCAUUGAAUAUUAUCAAACGCGCGAAUGGAAGGCUGGUGAUGUCUAUGCUCCCCAUGACCUCAGCCCUGCCGAAAUGAAGAAAUGGAAAAGGCGCAGCCCUCCGACGUCAGACGUCUUUGAUGCUGUUGAUCUUAACCCCUUAGAUGUCUACAAGGUACGCAUCGGCCGUUGGAAGACCGCUGUUGAAGACUGA